AUGGGAAGAAAUCACGUCCUCACUGACAACAGAACUCUUACCAUACCUUACAAAGGUGUUAUGGCCAAGGCUUCUAGAGUAUGUGGUGCCAGCUCAGAACACUGGUACUAUGAAGCCUCUGUGCAGAUGCCUUUAGGGAACUGGCUGAGAAAAAGCAACAGGAAGGAGAAGAAGCUGCUUGCCUCUACUACAGUGGGCAAGACUAAGGAAACUUUUGUUCAGUUUGGAUCUCUGAUUGGACUAAUAGCACCAUACAGCUGUGAUUCACUGGCCACGUCCUCUCAGUGGGUGGUUGACUGUAUCAGCUGCCUUCUUUGUAUACAAGGCCAGUCCAUGAACCUGGGGUCAGCGGAGGAGGAGCUGAGAUGUCUCCGUGAAGCACUAACAGCUCCAGACCCUGAGGCUCUGUUUCAGGCAUCUUCCAAAAUGGCCAGGGUGCCAGAUAUCCUGGGUAUAAUCUAUAUCCACAUGCCUACUAACCAGGAGGGCAGCUUGAGGCAGUUCCUGGUGGAGGCAGUGUCCAUUCUAGAUCACCAUCACCUAGAGGGAGUGAUCUCCAGCGUCCUCAGCAAACAUCUGCCAAUGGACAGUGACACCACUGAGCUGUGGAGAUCUCUGGGGGGAGACCCCUUGUUUGCCACUCAAGUCCUACAGGUCCUAAUAGACAAGAUAAAGACUCCAACAAGCCAAGAAGGCAGCAUCACUUCAGAGACUGAAAUUGACAGGCAUUUGGCAGCUGCUGAACCUCUCUCAGCAACAUGUGCCAUCUUUGAGGUGGUGUCAGCACUGCAGUCGAGCAAAGCUGUGCAGGAGCUGCUCCCAGAGUUGUUUCCUGUUCUCCUGCAGCAGGUCAGCCGAACCCUAGGACAAGAGAUGCCUUUGCCUAGGAUGAGCAGCCAGAGGCGGUUAUUCCGAAAAGGACUACAAUUUACUGAGGGCAACCCUUGCUGGUAAUUAGAAGCAAGGGAGAGAAACAAAGAGAAUUCCAAUAAAGUUGUGACAUACUCCCCAGGAGUUCCCAGGGUUACCUUACCAUCGCCUGCCCUUAGAGUGAGGAAGUUUUGUCUGUGCCUGCUGUGGGUCAGUUCUCUGAAACUACCAGGCUCUGGCAAAACAAACACCGCCAUCCAGGCCUCCGCAGGCCUCCGUCUCUUUGUACAGGUUAGUGAUAGGCACACACCAACCCCCGAGUCUUCUGACCAUUCCUUAUACUGUCCAGACCUUUAUCCACUGAACACCCACAGAAUUAUCAGGCCUUCUGUUCCCAAUGGAACAUUACACAUCAGUUUAUUACUUAUACUUUAGACUCUAUACUUUAUUACUUAUACUCUAUACUGCAAAACACACAGCACUUAGAUAUAUUUAUAGUGAAAACAAGAACAGAGAUUCCAGUGAUAGUGAGUAAGAAUGCAAGCAAAAAAGAUUACAUGUAAAAUGAAAUCAUAACAUGCUCCUAGAGACUAAACUUAACCAACAGGUUAACCUCCUGUCUAAAUAUGUUUCUCACCCAAAGUUCUCAACCAAGGCCUGAUAGCACCCCUCUUUCAUGAAGCAAACACGCUGUCCAUCUACUUCCU